UCCAUUUCUGUUUCAUAAGAAAGCCAUUAUAACACCUAGACUUAUUUACAAAUAUUUGCAAUUCUCAGGGAUUUCAAAAAUGGAUCUGCAUACAAGCCACGCACCAGUAACUAAUGGAUCAGUCAUGCAUGGUUUGUCCCCUAAGAAUUGUGGCAUCGACAUUUUAAACAAUGGAAGGACAAUCAGUGAUUUCAUAGACAACAAAAUAAAAGAGCUUGGCUCAAAGGACAGUGAAGAGCCAUUCUAUGUGGCAAACCUCGAUAGUCUGCUUCAGAGGCACCUCAGGUGGCUCAAUAACUUACCUCGAGUCAAGCCUUUCUAUGCAGUCAAAUGCAACAACGUACCAGCAGUUUUGAGGAUGCUGAGUGCUCUGGGAACAGGCUUUGACUGUGCCAGCAAGAGUGAGAUUCAGCUGGCCCUGUCCCUCGGAGUGACACCUGAUAAAAUCAUUUACGCACAUACAACCAAACCGCUGUCACACAUCAAAUAUGCCUGCACUCACGGAGUAAAUAUGAUGACUUUUGACAGCGAGGACGAACUCCUAAAAAUUUCUCGUUGUCACGCCAAAGCCAAACUGGUGCUCCGCAUUGCAGUGGAUGAUUCAGCAUCCUUAUUAAAACUCAGCUCAAAGUUUGGAGCCAGACUGGAGACAGUUGAUAAGCUACUGGAACGUGCUGGAGAGCUGGGCUUAGAAGUCAUUGGGGUCAGCUUCCAUGUAGGCAGUGGGUGCAUCGGAAGUUUGGCAUUCAAGCAGGCCAUAGCAGAUGCCCGACAUGUCUUUGACAAAGCAAAUUUGCUGGGCUUCCAGAUGAGUCUCUUGGACAUUGGUGGAGGGUUCCCUGGCAAAGACAACUUUAAAAUAAAAUUUGAGGAGUUUGCAGAAGUCAUUAAUGGAGCACUCGAUGAACAUUUCCCGCCUGGGGUGCAGGUUAUUGCAGAACCAGGCCGAUACUACGUGGAAUCCGCGUUCACACUGGCAGCCAACGUCAUUGCCAAAAAAGUCGUCAGGGAAGAUAAGGAUGAACAUAGCGAUGGUGAGGGCAGCCCUGACACAGUGAUGAUGUACUACCUUAAUGAUGGAGUGUAUGGUUCCCUAAGCUGCCUAAUCAAUGAUCCUGCCCACAACGAGGUUGAACCCUACCUUCACAGAGCUGUAGAGAGCAGUGAACAGAGAUACCGGUCUAUCAUCUGGGGUCCAACCUGUGACAGCAUUGACAAAGUAGCUGACAACUACUGGAUUCCUGAGCUGCAAGAGGGGGACUGGCUUCUCUUCGACAAUAUGGGUGCUUACUCUGUUUGUUUAUGCACAGACUUCAAUGGAUUUGAAAGAGCGCAUAUUUACCCUGUUGUCACAGCUGAGACGUGGCACACCUUAAACCUGUAAACCAUAUAAUUUUUCAUGGGUGAGCUAUAUACAGUGGGAGAAAUAAUUAUUUGAUCCCUUGUUGAUUUUGUAGGUUUGCCCACUUACAAAGCAUGGAACUGUGUAUAAUUUUAAUCAUAGGUACAUCUUAACAUUGAGAGACAGAAUAUCACAAAAGAAAUCCAGAAUA